UUCCUUUCUUCUUUUAUUUUUUUUGGGUCACAAUUAUUUACCAAUGAAAUUUUUUUAAUUUGUUUCUAUAAAUCGAGAUAAGCUAAUUAGUGCUUUCCAAUUAAUUCUUUGAAUGGUGACAGUCGAAUAUAACAAUAAUUAUGCAUUCCUACCAUGCAAAGCUACACAUACCAAAAAUAAAAUUAGUUCUAAAAUGGGUACAAUUUUGACUUUAAACCAUCCUUUCCAUAUCCUUUUAUCAUCACCCCUUUUGUUUUAAUUUUUUUCCCAUUUAUUGCCUCUCAUUUAAUCUGGCAUCAUGCAUAAUUCAUGCCUGCAUAAUAUCCCAUUUGAAUAAACUACUAUAAACUUAUGGAUGAUUCUCCUUACAUUACCAUUACCAGUUGAAAACUAUUACUACAGAACAGCCCCACAUUUUAUUUGCUCUCUUCCUUUUUCCGACUCUUAGGUUACCAAAUAUAAUCUCUUUUCUACUUCCCUCAAGAAAAUUAUUCCAGAGAGAGACCAAGAAAUAAGAGAUUUGGCAAUGGAGACGCAAACUGGAGGGUUCGGUGAAAAUACAAAGUUUGACGAUGAUGGUCGAUUAAAACGACAAGGAACUUUGAUGACUGCAAGUGCACAUAUUAUAACGGCUGUGAUUGGAUCAGGAGUGCUAUCAUUGGCUUGGGCCAUUUCUCAGUUGGGUUGGAUUGUUGGGAUUUUGGCGCUCACAAUGUUUUCUUUGAUCACUUUGUAUACUUCAUGCCUACUUGCGAACAGUUACAGAUCUCCUGAUCCAGUCCUUGGGGACAGAAGAAAUUACACUUAUAUGCUGGCUGUACAGAACAAUCUUGGAGGAAUCAAGUAUCAAUUGUGUGGAUUAGCUCAAUAUGGAAAUCUUGUAGGAGUAGCCAUUGGAUAUACAAUCACUUCAGCUUUUAGUAUGUCGGCUAUUAAAAGAUCCAAUUGUUUCCAUUCCAACGGGCAUGAAGCAGAUUGUCAUGAAUCAAAUGAGACCUACAUGAUCUGGUAUGGGAUCAUUCAAAUUUUUCUGAGCCAAAUACCAAACUUCCACAAGCUCUCUGUGCUCUCCGUCAUUGCAGCCAUUAUGUCUUUUACUUAUGCCUCUAUAGGCCUUGGCCUCUCCAUCGCCAAAACAGCACAAGGAGGGGAACAUCCCAAGACAAGCUUUACUUUGGAAGUGACAAACAAGCAGAAGAUGUGGAGUAGUUUCCAAGCCAUUGGAGAUAUUGCCUUCGCCUAUGUAUUUGCUACAGUCCUUAUUGAGAUAGAGGACACACUAAAAUCAAGCCCACCAGAAACCCAAGUAAUGAAGAAGGCAAGUGCAAUUGGAGUGUCAGUGACGACGGUGUUCUACAUGCUUUGUGGAAUUAUGGGAUAUUUGGCAUUUGGGAACGACGCACCAGGCAACUUUUUAACAGGAUUUGGUUUUUAUGAGCCUUUCUGGCUUGUUGACUUUGCUAAUGCUUGUGUUGUUCUUCAUCUCGUCGGGGCUUACCAGGUGUUCGCCCAACCAAUCUUCAAGCUAGUAGAAGAAUGGAGUAGCAAACGGUGGCCAGAAUGUGAUUUCAUAGUAAGAGAAUACCAUAUAACAAUUCCAUUGUUUGGUACAUGGAGUUUGAAUCUAUUUAGGUCUACAUGGAGAACAAUAUAUGUGGUAAUAACAACAGUGGCUGGAAUAACAUUUCCAUUCUUCAACAACGUCUUGGGAUUUCUUGGAGCAGCAUCGUUCUGGCCACUGGCUGUAUAUUUUCCAAUAGAGAUGCACAUUUCACAGUCCAAAAUUCCAUGUUAUUCCUCAACAUGGAUGGGCCUCAAAUUUCUAAGUGGGCUUUGCUUAAUUGUGUCACUUUUAGCUGCUGCUGGAUCCAUUCAAGGCAUUGUUCAGGAUCUCACCAACUACAGGCCUUUCACCUCUGUCUCUUAAGAAUUUUUUUUUUUCCCUCAUAUAUAUAUAUAUAUAUAUAUAUAAAUAUAUAUGUAUAUAAAAUAAUUGUUUGUGUGUUAUUGGGGAUAAAAUAAAUAGUUUGUAUUUUACGUUUGGACAUGGCUUUUUUGGCAGUAUUUAAUAUUGCUUUUUUUCUUUUUAAUCUAUAUGCUAUUACUUUUGAUAACAGAUUGUCACAUU